GGAGUAAAAAAAACAGAGUUAACUUGACCCCGCUAAAUUCUGAAUCCCCGGGGAAAAUAAAAAAUGUCGGUUUCGUCACUUGCUCAUUUUCCCGGAAAGUUACAAAGUCAUUAUCCCCUUUUCAGGUUUUGAAGUCACAUAACCAAACUUAAGAUUUGGUGCAAAAAAAAAAGGCUGGACCUUUCUUUUUUUUUCUUCUGUUCUCUAGCUUUGAGAGCUUUCAAAGUGUGAGAAAAUGAUGGCUCUGAUGAACUGUGCUUAUUCAUCAUCAUCAUCAUCAUCAUCAUCUUCUUCUUCUUCCUCCUCCUCCUCUCCCACUUCUUCUUCUUCAUACUCUCCGAGGAACAGUCACAGAGAGAACAUGGCUUUGCAGAGUGUAGUUGAUGUGUCACCUUCAAGUUUCUCUUCCGACAGCAUAUCUAUUUUACCUAUUGAGAAGACUUUAAUAACCCACCAAAACUCCAAUCUCUGUCUGAUCCCAAAGUCUUCAGAAGAAUUGAAGAAGGAGAUUGCAUCAGUUGAGUUAGAGAUUCUACACAUGGAACGAUAUCUCUUAUCUCUUUACAGAAAAUCUUUCGAGCAGCAACUUCCUAAUUCCUACUCUAACCUCUCUGCUACAACCUUAUCUCGUUCUGUCACUACUUCACCAUCACUAACUCAUUAUCAGCCUUACCAAAAACCAAUCUCAUAUCCUCGGAGUUUCAACACUAGCUUAAAAGCCUUAUCUUCAAGGGAAGGGAGUAGAGUAGUAACUGGUAAUCAGAGUCUUGGAGAGCUUCUAGGAUCAUCUUGUAUAGUUGAUCAUAAUAAUAACCUCAUAAACCCGAAUAAACUCUCUGAAGAUAUCAUGAGAUGCAUUUCUUCUGUGUAUUGUACACUUUCAAGAAGCUCAACGAGUACCAAUCACACCACUUGUUUUCCUGCUUCCCCGGCUUCAUCGUUGUCCAAUGCCUCAACUAUUUUCUCUUCCAAAUCUAAUAAUGAUGAUAAAUGGAGCUUGAAUUGCGCGAGUGAGGAUCAUUUGCUGAAUCACUGUCAAGAUCAAGGCAAUGUUUUGCCUUGUGGUGUUGUUGUGAUAGAGGCUCUUAGAGUACACUUAGAUGAUGGUAGUUUCAGUUACGCUGCUCUUAUGCUCCAAAACUUCAGAUCACUGGUUCAAAAUCUUGAGAAAGUUGAUCCGAGUAGAAUGAAACGUGAAGAGAAGCUCGCGUUUUGGAUCAACAUUCACAAUGCUCUUGUGAUGCAUGCUUACUUAGCUUAUGGAACUCACAACCGCGCAAGAAACAAUUCGGUUUUGAAGGCAGCUUAUGAUAUUGGCGGCUAUCGCAUUAACCCUUUUAUCAUCCAAAGCUCAAUCUUAGGAAUCAGACCUCACUACACAUCACCAUCACCUUUACUCCAAGCGCUGUUUUCACCUUCAAGAAAGUCUAAAACUUGUAGUGUUAGACACAUUUACGCAUUGGAAUACCCCGAGGCUCUAGCUCAUUUCGCUAUUUCUUCAGGAGCAUUCACAGAUCCUACGGUUCGAGUUUACACCGCGGAUAGAAUCUUCAGGGAUCUAAGACAAGCUAAGCAAGAGUAUAUCAGAAGUAACGUUCGUGUUUACAAAGGAACAAAGAUUUUGUUGCCAAAGAUCUUUCAGCAUUAUGUUAAAGACAUGUCAAUGGAUGUGUCUAAGCUCAUGGAAGCAACAGCUCAGUGUUUACCAGAGGAUGCUAGGAAAAUUGCUCAAAAAUGUUUGAAGGAGAAGAAGAUUAAAAAUUUUGAAUGGCUACCGGAAAAUUUGAGUUUCCGGUAUGUCAUCGCCGGUGAAUUGGUCGGAGCAAAAAAAUAAAACGUGAUGUUUUUUAUUCAAAAGACUUUUUUUUUGUCCUCCUCAUGUAAUUAAAUAAUUUGAUUACAAUCAUUUUCAGUGAGAAAUUGUAAAACCAGUGUUUUUGUUUGUAAUCAUCAUAAACCGAGAA